AUCCAUCACAACACCGCCGCUCCAACGGCUAGUUCCCCAACCGGCCGCCGACCCUCCACCCGCUCACACUCCCCUCCGCGAUCUCAAAUCCAUCCGUCGCCCAAAGCGCCACCAGGCACCAUCCCAGCGGCCCAGCCCGAGCACCAGCUCACCUUCCUCCCUCGCCGCCGCCGCCGCCCGCGAGCUCAGCUGCCAGCUCGAUCGCCCGCCGGCUGACGCUCCGUCGAGGAUCGAGAACCGCAUGGGGAUCCCAUCGAGGCACCCGGACCACGAGGAGGAGGAGGAGUACGACGACGCGGUGUUCUACGAGGACAUCCAGGCGCCCAAGUUCGUGGACCUCACCGCGCCCGACGCCGGCCGCCCCGACGACGACCCCGCCUGGUUCUGCCUCCGCGUCGGUUGCGACCAGAGCCAUGAGCAGGUCGACCUGGAGGCCCUUGACCGGAGCUUCUUCAUGCGGGUCAUGGCGGCCAGAAGCCCCAAUGUGCGGCUCCAGAAGGCGAUCAGCAGAACAAAUCAGAGCUCGAUGCUGAAAUGCCCUCAUUCUGCACCGCCGAAGCCUCCGAGGGCCCGGUUCGCGAGGCUGAGCGCGGCAACAGACGCCGCCGAGAAGGCAGCGGUGAAGCCCAAGCCAAGGGUCCAGCGGAUCUGCGCCAUGCGAGCGUCUCCGACCCGGACCAAGACAGCGAAGGUCGAAGCUCCCAGCGCGAGGAAGAAGGCACUGACGAUGCCGCGGAGCAAGGCCGUCCGGCCGACGCAGGAACCGUUCCUCAGCGUGAAGCACCAAAAGGAGCCGGUCGCUGCGGUGGCGAGAAAGGGGACUGUCGUCAAGGCACUGUUCAUGAGCACGCCAAAGAAGGAGCCCGCCCGGACGCCGGCGGCAGACAAGAGGAAGGAGGCGGUGUCCGAGGUUUGUUCCAAGCUGCGGAAGCUGAACUUGGGGUGCCGGGAGGUGCCGAGCAGGUACAUGUGUCAGCUGACGAAUCCAAAGACUGCUAAGAAGGGUGAAGAGACCGCGCUGACGAAGAGUGCCAAGAGAGGGCAAGAGUCUAGGACCAAUGUCAAGAAGAAAAUUUUAGGACGCUCGGUGAAGUGUGCUAAUGCUGAACCUGAUGAGAACCGAAAUGGUUGUGGUAACACUGCUGCAGAUGAGAACUCACGUACAGAAACUGCAAGACCCAAUGAGAAAAGGAAGGCGGUGCUGCAGGAAUUGACAAUUGAGGUGGAUGCAGCGCGAGCUGAAGAUGACAACAAGGAGAAUGUGUCAAAUGCUGAUCAGGCGGUUGAAGAAGCCUUGAACAAUUCACAUUCUGAAGAUGAAAACAGGCAGUUAGAGAACAACGAGAAUGUUGCUCUGAAGGUGCCUAAAAUGCAGAACAAAGUGCAUCCAGAGCAAGCAGGAAAGCUCAAGAAAACUACCAAUCCUAGGCCAUUCAGGCUGAGGACUGAUGAAAGAGGAGUGCAAAAAGAAGCAAAACCAGAAAAAAGGCAGCCCUUCGCGGAGAAUAACUCCAUGGCAGUACUCAAGGAUGCAAACAGAGGAGUGAUGCCAACGGACAAAUACAAUCGUGGAAAGGGACGAGACAAGCCGCUCUGUGGCGAGAAACAGAAACAGAGCACACAGAUGGCCAUGGGGCAGCUCGGUGAGGCCAAGCCAGGCUUCAACAGCAUCAGAUGCAAUAACGCCAGGCCUGUGAUGACGAAGCGCAAAGUCGUUGAAAAAUCAGAGAGAGUUUCUAGGGUUGCAUCAUCAGCAAGAACGACCAAGACAGCCAGUGGUCUCAUGGCGCCAACUCAGAUUGGAAAGGGGAGGAAGACUUCAGUAAAGCCAUCCAGACUGCAAGCAGCUGCUGCUUGAGAGUGAGUGUACGAUGAUGGAUUCAGAGAGGGAAAUGAGAAACUGUGACAAAGGUUUUAUUGUCUGCUCCAACGACGAGCCCUGUAGCUACCGCGCCAAAUUCGUUUCCUGAUUUUUUUUUUUUGGUUAACUUAUGUAAACUGAACAUUCUUUCUGCGAGCGAUGUGGUGGAAUUCCCCUCCAUGACCUGCAUGCACUCCACCACACCCUUUAGCACCAAGAUUCUUUCUGUAACAUGUAUGGGAAUCGAUUCUUUCUGUAACCUGGGGGGAAAGGAAUUUGGAAUUGUGGAGGCCCAGCCCAUGAGGCGUUUUAAGCGGUGGACUAGGAGCCAUUUAAUCA